AAGAGGAAAAAAUCUUAGAAAAUCAUAAAGUGGAUAGAAGUAGUUUCGUUUGUAGGACGUAAAAAUCGUGCAAAUUUGAUUAAAAUAUUCCGCUGUAUGAGAUUAAUGUUACGCGAAAUCUUUACGCAACGGUCGUGGCUCGCAUUUGAUGCGGAAAAAGUGACGAAGUUCGUGGAAUCUAGUGCGAAAUAGUGUGAUUCAAAUCGGAUCGAAGAAGUGAAGGAAAGUUUUCGCUGACUCCUCCACUUGUAAAAGUAGCACCAGUGCGGAGCCCCCCAGAAAAGAAGGAAGGCGACGAGAAAAAAAUGGGUUUGAAAGUAGUUUCUAGCUUAUUUUGAAAAGUGGCUGCUUGGCUCGAGUAAUAUAGUUUCCGGGUCGUGAUUGGUCGGAGAGGGGGGAUUUGUGUGAUAAACUGUGUUUUGAUAAGUCCCACAGCCGUGGUGGUGCGAUUUCCUGUCCUGGAUUAGUGCUCAAAGGCAUUGCGUAGGAAGAAGUUUGGCAGUUUCGCAACGCGGGGUACGAGGGGCUAUUAUGAAAUGAACCUUCGGCAAUGGGGUCGCAAACCUUGGAAAUACUGCGACAAGGAGUACUGGCCAGCUUGACCGGCGGGUGGUUCUAUGACGUCCACCAGAAUGUGUUCUGCAAUGCUGUCCAUCUGUACAUCUGGCUGUUCCUGUUGUUUCUUCCCUUCAUCAUUUAUAUGUACUUUCCCACAACCGUACUAGUAUGGAGCCUCUACUGCGUACUGAUUGCCAUCAUUAUAAGUGUGUUCAAGUUCAUCAAUGUGGCGCUGCAUCGAAUGUACGACAAGGCGCGGACUAUGUCCGACACAAACCUAAAGAAACCGACAAAGGCUCCAAGGGAGACAUCAGGGGAGGAUGAAUCCGGCAUAGAAAUGCAGGAGAUGGGCGCGGUGGAAGUCGUGGAAACACCUCCCGUGGAUAUGUCCUCCAGGACGUCGGUCGAACGGCACAGUGAUGAGAUCAGCUGCGCAAACAGUGCCAUAUCGAUCGACUAUCAAGAGCAGGUCACUAGUACAAUCGAUUUGAAGGUGGACGUGCAUCGAAAAAACAGUUCCGAGUCUAGCGAUAGCAAUGGUGCAGACGGAGGGCACAGUUGUACGGGAGCCGGAGUCGGUGCGAAAUCGGUAGCGCAUUCGUCUUCGGUUCAAACUCAUCCGAUGGAAGCGUGUAGCACAAGUGUAAAUUCUCAUAAACGAUCGCUCAGCACCCCAAACCAGGGUAAAUCCUUAGAUUUGGGAGGGAACGAUCAAGGGAAUGGGCAUGUGAAAGAUGUGACGGACGGAGAGGAAGGGGCUGUCGGUGUUGAUCCAUCAAAAGAUGGAGAAAAGAAUAGUGCCACAUUGCGGAGACAUCAGUAUAAGUCGAAACGGAAACAACGUUUCAUGAACAGCCAAUUGCAGCGACAAAUAUCGUUGGAUUCGGAAAAAAUCGGCAUGGGAAUUGUGUUUGCUGAUGAAGUGGCCAGCGGUGGGGCUCAUCUUCAGAGGCAUUUGAGCUCGGAGGACCAGAACAAUAAGUCUAAUACGUCACUGUUUCAUCAUCAUCAUCAUCACCAUCACAUGUUGGCGUUGCAGAAUCUCGAUCCAGAUUUGUAUAUGGAUCAUAGUUAUACAAAAUCAGCCGUUCAGUUAGCCGUAGAAAAUAUUCCUGGAGAAACAACGAGUAAGAUAUAUCUGCUUCAGCAGUCGACGCCAAUCAGGAGGGACUCCAACAGCACAAUGUCGGCUUUACAGCUUCCGACAAUGGCGGGGAGCUCUUCCGCGAAGAAUCGACGCCAUUCCAAUGCCAAUUCAAAUGCAGGGGCUGGAGCGCGACCGCUUCCAAGAUCACUAACAUCUGUGCGUCGGAUCAAAAGUGCGGCAUUGGAAAUAUGCAGCCCCUCCUCUAUAUCUAAUCUGGCACCAACUCACCCGAACAGUGUCGAGGUUAUCGGCGGGCAAACGCUUCGGAAUCCCCAGCAUACAGUUCUUCCACCACCUAGUAAGAGCCUUUCGCGAAACCCACAUUUGAACCUGUUUCCGAAAUCCAACGGAGAUAGUUCUUCUGGCUUGGUAGGUUUGGGAGUGGCUUUGAAUGGAAAUGCAACCAACAAUGAGCCGGUAUACCCGAUUGCCGAACAGGCCGAUGAAAGCACGCCGGUGAAAAAUCUACCGGAGAAGAUUGAGAAAUUCGAACCAAGUGACUCGGACAAUGCACAAGGAGAUGAUGACGAUGACAACGAAGAUGAUGAAGAUGAGGAGGAAGAUGACGAUGAUGACGAUGACGAAGAAGAAGAUGAAGACGAUGAAGCGACCAUUGAUCGACUUCGGGGUGGAGUGAGCGAAGAUGAAAGCGCCCACUCGUCCAAGCGAAUGCGCAUUGAAAGUGCAAUCCAUACGCAUAUCCAUCGGCAUCAUCAUCAUCAUCACCAGUUUCCUGGAAACGUCAGUAGUGGCAUAAGUAGGCAGCAUUCCCAACAAUCGAAUCCUGCCUCCCUUUCGCAAGCGUCAUCUCAAGCUACCGGAGUGGCCACGGUGACGCCUGCUUCCGCGGAACCAGAGCAAGAUACGGACUCGGACCCUGAUCAUCCGGCACUGUUGCAUUCUACUGAUUCUGACACGGAAAACAAUGCCGGUUCGAGGUCACCACUGUUGGAACCACGGAGCCGGGCUCCGCUGGUGAUUGUAGAGGCCAAGAAUCCAUCAUGUAUUAUUCCUUCAUUAUCCAGUGCCGUUGACGGUGAGUUAAAGCUCUCCAAGUCGAGCGACAAGAUGAAAAAGUCAUCAACUCUCACAAUAGAAGACUCACCGACGAAACAAACCUUUGAAGAGAACGGUGGGCCGUCGUCCAGUGAUUGGGAACAGGCAAGUGCAAGUUCAAAAGAUUUGCUAAUAACAAAAGAAAAAGCAGAAAAGUUGGGGAAAAGUGAAAUUCCAAGAUCCAGUUCGGGAAAUACGAGUGAAGCCGUUGCAGCAAGUGGGAGUCAGAUCAAAAGUCAGGAGAAGUGGUUCGAGUACAGCUAUGAUACUGCACCCGAUGAGGGAUGUUCAAUCCACGAUAGUGACCAUCAGAAAAAGGAUGGUAGCAAGAAGGAGUUGGACAGGGAAAAAAGUGGGUCAAUAUCAUCGGAAGGCACAGUGGCAGUCACUCGUAAUUUGGGAGCGAUUCCUAAGACAUGCUCGAGUAGAAUCACCAGUCGGAGAUUGAGUGCAGAGGAGAACUAUCCGAGUACCAGCAGCAAAAUCUACAAUCGUACACUUUCACAGCGUUUAUCGGCCGAGCGGAUACCGGAGAAUGCAACAGCUGCUCCUUUGAUAACAUUUCUCAACUAUCGCUCGGAAGUUCCCAUCCCACCCAUUUAUCUGCCGGGCAAUAGUUCCUUAUCAGAGCAGCAAACUUCUAGCUUUACGUCGUUUCGGAGAAGAUUCGACGGGUCAGAUAGAAGCUAUAGGCAAAUACAAUGUCGGCUGAGAAUGGCCCGGAGUAAACAUCCGGUCGUGUCGAUGGAACCGAAUAGUGGCGCCGGUUCUAGUGGUACAAACAACAACGGCGGCUCGUUUCGCGAUGACGAUAACAAUAAUUGUAAUUACUGCUUAGACUCGAUCGAUAAUCCAACGACGUCUAGCCGGAGCGUGGGAGGUUCAAGUUCCACCUUUCAUGAUCCAACUGAGGUGCCUUUAAGUUUAUUUGUAGAUGAAUCAGAACGAUGGGUUCAGUUGAUUGAGCGAGCAACGAUAGAGAAUGUUUUGAAGGAGCGUAUGGCGAUGAACCGCACCGGAGUUGGGUCGUCAGGGGACAAUAACAAUACGUCGAUCAAUUCGUCCGGAAUCGACAAAGCGAUGGCACCAACGGAGUACAGUUUGUCCAGUGCACAAAGUGCGAUCGAUGUUGUACCAAGAUCAAUAUUCGGCGAAGCUCAAAUACGGCCUAAGAGAUAUUAUAAAUUUCCGAUUAAUUUUUUAUGUUUCAAAGAACUGAGUAUUUCAAUGAACCGAUUGCAGCUUUUGGCAUUAUUUGAUCGGGACACAAAUUGCUUUCAGGUGGCGCUGGCCAUUAUACUCUGCACUUUUGUUUCGUUGCUCGGCUCGACGGUGUUGUACCUGAAGUUCUACGAAGAUCUGUACGCAUUCAUAUUCUGCUUCGUGAUUGCCGGAAGUCAGUAUUCGCUUCUGAAGAGUGUUCAACCGGAUGCUGCAUCACCGAUCCAUGGCUUCAACAAGACUGUAACCUACUCGAGACCUAUUUAUUUUUGCCUGUGUUCUUCGCUUCUUUUGGGCGCCCACCAUAUGCUACGAGAGUAUCAACUGAAUCCGGAAUCCGUGAUGGACAGAGUGACUCUUUUCGGCUUUCACAUAUCGAUAAUCGAAUCAUUGCAGUGCAUACAAAGCAUUCUCUCCGUUGUAAUAUUAUUGUUUCCGUUCCUGUUCAGCUUGGGAUUGUUCCCGCAGGUUAACACGUUUGCCAUGUAUUUCCUGGAACAAAUUGAUAUGCACAUAUUCGGUUGCAAUGCGUCGUGUAGUCUUCUGUCUUCGUUUCUCUCAGUGAUACGCUCAAUUCUGGCCUGCACCCUGCUGUUUGGACCAGCGUUCGGUGGGCUUUCCGAGACGGGAACCCAGCACGUACUAUUUUCCAUGUUUUGCGCAUUUCUCAUCACCGUCUCGUACCACCUCUCGCGCUGUUCCAGCGAUUUCACCUACAUCUGGGCCGUAAUUAAAUCCAGCCUUAUCAUUCAUCCCGAGUACGAUGAUAAUAGUAAGGAGGAUUCCAAGAUGUCAAAUGACUCAGAAGAAAACAAGAUGGACAAUGAUCAUCUGAGAUCGAGCGACGAGAUAAACAAGGACCUCGAUGAGGAAGCGAAUCGGGAAUCGACUAAGGAGCUGGACGAUCCUCUACCGAAAAAGCUGCAGGCCACUGUUACUGCUAGGCUGAAGAACGAUGCAGUUGUCUGCGUUGCACUAUCGCUCAUCAUCUUCAGUCUGCAUUGCAGUACGGUAUUUACGGUUCUGCAACCGGACAUCAACUAUGUUCUCCAUACCGGCGCAUGCAUACUCGGUUUUAUGAUUCAUUACAUCGUUCCCCAGUUGAGAAAACAUCUACCGUGGCUGUGCAUUGCGAAGCCGAUCUUGAAGGCAAAAGAGUUUGGUCAGUUUGAGGUACAGAAUCUUUCGAAAAUCAUGUGGUUCGAAACGAUGUAUGUGGCUCUGUGCUUCUUCGAGCGAAACAUUCUGUAUCCAUUGAUUUUCCUGAGUGCACUAACGGCCGAUUCCGGUGCGAUAGCAGACAAAUUUGGCCUCACCAUGGGAACAACGCUGGUUGUCGUUUGUGGAUUGAAAUGUGUUCGAAACGCGUACUCCGAUAUCGGCAGCCAGUACAUCAUUCUGAUUUUCACCGUACUAUUUUUCCGGAUAGACUAUAAGCUAUCCAGUGAGACUUUCCUCGUCGAUUACUUCUUCGUGUCGAUACUGUAUCGUAAGAUUAGUGAAUUUCUACUCAAGUUACAAUUCGUAGUGACCUACAUCGCACCCUGGCAAAUCACCUGGGGUUCAGCAUUCCACGCCUUUGCGCAACCGUUCAGCGUGCCACACUCGGCAAUGCUUUUUCUUCAAACUGCCAUCAGUGCACUGCUGUCUACUCCGCUCAAUCCUUUCCUGGGAAGUGCCAUAUUCCUGACGUCGUAUGUGCGGCCGAUCAAGUUUUGGGAACGGGACUACAACACUCGCCGGAUCGAUCAUUCCAAUACUAGGUUAAGUUCACAGCUGGAGCGGGAUCUCGGGGCGGACGACAAUAACCUGAACAGCAUAUUCUAUGAACAUCUAACGCGAUCGCUGCAGCAUUCGCUGUGUGGCGAUUUGUUAAUGGGGCGGUGGGGCAACGUCAGCCAAGGCGAUUGUUUCGUGUUGGCAUCGGAUUAUCUUAAUUGUUUAGUCCAUAUUAUUGAGCUUGGAAAUGGAUUGUGUACCUUCCAAAUGCGUGGACUCGAGUUCCGUGGAACAUAUUGCCAGCAGCGAGAAGUGGAGGCCAUUUCGGAAGAAGUGGAGGAGAAUAUCGGCUGCUGUUGCUGUACGGUUGGACACCUUCCACGGAUGUUGAGCGCCAACGCCAUGUUCACAACACGCUGGCUCGCGUGGCAGGUAAUGGCCUCCAAGUACGUCCUGGAAGGAUACUCAAUUUCGGACAAUUCGGCAACGGCAACGCUGCAAGUUUUCGAGUUCCGAAAGGUUCUCAUAUCGUACUAUGUUAAGAGUAUUAUUUACUACGCCAUUCGUUCGCCAAAACUGAUAAACUGGUUACAAUCCCAAGCAAUCGAGGAGGCACUUGAGCACACCUUGGAUAGGCAGUUCGUUGAUUUGGAUCCCGUGUUCAAUCACAAUCUUGACGAUGAUUAUGACUUUCGUGCUGCAGGAGUGACUCGAGCCAGCUUUUGGAAUAUUUACGGCGAGUGGAUUCAGUUUUGCUGCGAAAAGAAACGUCAACAGAUGCAGGCUGCCCUUAACGAGAAAAAUACUCCUAAAAAGAAUGCGGCUCCUACGGGUGGAGGAGGUCCUGCCACGGUAGCAGUCGCCGCCACUACGGUUACGACUUCAUCAGCAUUUGAUGCGAACGCAAAAGGAGCAGCUGAAGAAACGACGAAGGACCAGGGCGAACAGCAAAGCAAUGGUACUAAGGCAAAUCCUACGGAGCGAAGCGAAUCAAAUACGAAUGGGGCAGCGACUUCUAGUUCAGGGAACAAUGGAAGCUCUAUUGCCGGAACUUCCAGUCAGCCGUUUUUCAGCUCGAGUCGAGAAUCGUUGGUUACGUCCCUUUGCAUGGCGUUGGCUUUGUUGGCUCGACGAACCUUGGCAACUGCCAGCCACAGCUCAUCCUGUGGGGUAGAAUUUUUCCUCCAUGGCCUCCAUGCACUGUUCAAGGGCGAUUUCCGUAUAACUUCAACCCGCGAUGAGUGGGUUUUCGCGGAUAUGGAGUUGCUGCAUGGAGUCGUGGCUCCGGCAGUUCGGAUGUCGCUGAAGCUUCAUCAGGACCAUUUUCUUUGUCCGGACGAGUACGACGACUACGAAGCCUUGUUCAACGCUAUCGAUUAUCAUACCAAAGAGCUGGUCAUUUCGCACGAAGCCGAUCCAUUGUGGCGAAACGCCGUGUUGAGGGGCACUCCAAAUCUACUUGCCCUGCGGCACGUGAUGGACGAUGGAUCGGAUGAGUAUAGAGUUAUAAGACUGAGUAAGCGAUUUUUAAGCUUUCGCGUUAUUAAGCUGAAUCGUGAAUGCGUUCGGGGUUUAUGGGCAGGCCAGCAGCAGGAGCUGAUCUACCUCCGGAAUCGCAACCCAGAACGAGGGAGCAUCCAAAAUGCGAAACAAGCUCUUCGCAACAUUAUCAAUUCGUCCUGUGAUCAACCGAUUGGAUAUCCAAUCUAUGUGUCUCCCCUGACGACGUCCUACGCGGAAACGAAUCCACAGCUGUGUAGAAUCAUCGGUGGUGAGAUCACCUUGGAAAAGAUUGUGAUUAUGGUAAAUGGGUUCUUCAAUCGUGUGAGACAGCGUUGCCGCGAGGGAUGCAGCAGUGGUAGUGCAAUAAUAGACAACGAAAUGGGUGAAAUACAGGGAGUUUACUGUAAUACACCUACUCCAAAUAAUACUCUAUCGGGUACGGCGGGAACAUUGUCGUAUGGUAGCCAAAAUAUUUCGCUUUCCGGGGCUGCAAACCGAGGAAGUUUGGCCAGUAUUAACAAACCGACUAGUUCGACAUUGUUGGCGGGGCUGCUCAUUCGGGAACGCGAUGCAGAACGUGAUGUUCUGCGUGAUAGGGCUGGAGUAACAAAGCGUAAUUUAAGUAGCAACAGUAAGGAUCGGAUAGAUCGAGCAUUGGCAGCCUCCAAGAGGGAAUCCUUCAAGGAAGCCUUGGCGGGUGGAAGUGGGUUGGCAGCAGCAGGGGUCGGGAGUAGCAAUAAUUCUAGUCUAAAGCAACAGGAAAGUGUGGAAUCUACUUCGGGGAAUGCAAAAAGCAACGCGUCAUCGUCGAUGAAUCUGAACAUGCCAAACACAAGUGCCACGACAGCCCCCGCCAGUAGUUCCGUCAUGUUGACCCUGUCACCACCGUGUGAGAACUCAUACACAAUAUUUUCCAUGACAGAAGUCGCGAGCGCUGAAAGGUUGGACGGUGGGAUGGCUGCAGGGAAGGACAGAUCGAACCGGGGAACCGAUACAGAUGAACAGCAACAAUCAUCGCAGACACAGUGGAUAAACGCUCCGCCUGCAAUCGGGCUUAACAGAAAAGUCAUUAUUGUGGACGCUGCGCAGAUCUAUGACUGUCUGGAUCUUGGGCGUCGAAUCGAUGUCACCUGGCCCAAUGAGCAGUUCCGCAGCUACGGUGGUCGAUCGUCUUGGAAAGACUGGCAACCCCAGGAAGGAAUGGUAGGAAAUAUUGUCCAUUACUGGCAACCGAAUCACCCGGACCAUCACUUCCGGUCCAACGUGAAUCGCACCAUCAUGUUGAUGAAAAUCGGUGAACGCUAUGUGCCAAUCGGCGAGAAGGGACUCAAAGAGUACAACACCAUUGGAUUGAUGGUAUCCGCAUCCGGCUCGGGGUCGUCUUCGUCCGCUUCCGCCAUUGCCGGUUCGAUGAGCAAGCAACCGUCAACGGAGGUGCCCCUGACAGUCGGGAGUACUACAACGGUAAGUGAUUCUUUUGUAACCGCUAUCAGCCCCCAGGCUACCCUCGAUCUAACAGAGCAACCAGAGUGCGUGUGCGACGAUCCCAGUGUUACAACGACCAAACCGGAUCCUUCAAACGUGCCCUCCGAUCCGACCUUAGUUUAGGUAUCUUUCCGUACAGAUAGACGCAAAACCGAAAUCAAACAUUCGUACUGGUGAUAGACCCUUAUUCCUCUUGUUCCAAGUCUUGUUGUUAACGUUCAGGAAGCGUAGCGUGAACGACAUUAAGAAAAAAAUGUUUGUAUAGCAGAAGCAGCCAAACCUCUUCUUAGUAUACAGUUUGUAAAUUGCCAUGAUAAAUCCAAGACAUGUUUUCAAAAAAUUGUCGCCUUACGGUAAAUGCUAAUCGAUUGGUGUGGCGAGAAAACAAUAGAGAAAGACUAAUCAUCGAAACCGUUCAAAAGACUAUUUCGAUGGGAUGGUAACGUGUAUACCAACUUUAGUUCCGCGUAAAACAGUUCGGUUAAAUGUUGACAUUUUAGGUUUAUUAACAAUUUUUGAUUGUAUAGUUAUUUGCUUGUUCUUGUUUUGCUAGGAUAAAUCAAAUCCAAAUAGUAGCAAAAUACUAUGAUUUGCAUCAUUGCAUCUCUCGAGUAAUUAUGAAGAAAAGUGUUCUUUUAUUUGUGCUAUUCGAUCUUCAGAACGAGAAAAAAGUCUUAUGGUAGAUAGCAUAAAAUAUCUGAUCACGUGUCUGAACGUUCAGUAAAAGCCAAUAAAGAUUACAAACAUGUGUAAAUUUUGAAUAGCGUUUAGUAGGAAGACAGUUCGAAAUGUUAAUAAAACUAAUAAAAUACAAAGUUUUAUUUUUGUAAAAAAAAGAUAGCUGAUAUUGUUUUUUGAGACUCGCAGGAAGAGAACGAUGUAGGAAGAAUUUUAAAUAAAAAAAAGUAUAAAUUUUAUCGCAUAAGUGCUGGAGAGUUAUUGUUUAUCUCCUCAUUGUGGGUCUGUUUGAGCGUUGCUGGGCGAAAGAAGGGGCGAAUGGGACCUUUGUUGGUGGAGGGUACUAUGCGAUAAAAAUACUGCAAAAGAUGAAAAUGUGAUAACUAAAAGUAAGCAACUUUAUCUAUACUGAAUUUAUUAUUAAAGCAAAUGAUCAACAAUGUAGUAGAGAGAUCGUUAAAUUAUUAAAAACAGAUAUGUUGAUAUGAAGAAUUACAGAAAAUUUAAAAUAUCACAAAUAUAUUGUAGAACGAACUGGUUUAACGACAGCGCAGAAAGCUAUUAAACAAAUCACUUGUAGUUAGAAAUAUUCAAUAUUAUGAGGAAAAAAGUUAGACAGAGUCGUUAUUUAAACUGAUAAUAAACAAAAUAAACUUCGA